AUGGGGAAUGGAAUAAACAAGGUGCUGCCUGAUCUCUAUCUGGGAAACUUCAAAGAUGCGCGGGACAAGGAGCUGUUGGCGAAGCACAAUAUCACCCACAUCCUUUCCAUCCAUGACACCGCUGCCCCCAUUCUAGAGGAGAUGAAAUACCUCUGCAUCCCUGCUGCUGAUGCCUCCAAACAAAACCUGACCCCGUUUUUUAAGGACAGCAUCAUUUUCAUCCACGAGUCCAGACUCAAAGGGAAAGGCUGCCUGGUCCACUGUGUGGCAGGUGUGUCUCGUAGUGUUACGUUGGUGGUGGUGUACAUCAUGACAGUUACUGGGCGGGGCUGGGUGGAGUCCUUAGCUGCGGUGAGGGUGGUACGGCCGUGUGCUGGACCUAACGUGGGGUUCUUAAGGCAGCUAGAGGACUUUGAGAAUCUAGAGGUGGCACAGUAUAGGGAAUGGUUUAAGGACAGGUAUAAGGAGAACCAUUUUAAUGAUGAAGAGGAGAUCAGAGCCCUUCUGUGGCAGAAGUCUCAGGCCAUCAGUGAGUCCAUAGCAACGGCCACGGCAACGGCAGCUCAGCUAGCCACCAGCAACACAUGA